AUGAGGCAAGAGGGGGUUCCUGGGCAGCCGGCUGGAUUUGGCGCUAGAGAUGCUGAAGGGUCUGCAGGUCUGACAGAGUUUCAGUACAAGGUCGUGGAGUCUGACUAUCGCCGGUAUGUGGGCAAGUGUUCUGAGUUCGGCAAUGGGUGCACAUGGUUGAUUCGGCUUAGUCUCCGACAGCGCAAUGGACUUUGGGAGGUCAAACGUUACAACGGACCGCAUACUUGUCUCGCCACCUCCAUUUCCAGCGACUACAGGAGUUUGGAUUACCAUGUGAUAUCGGCAUUCAUUAUGCCAAUGGUUAGGGCUGAUGCAUCCGUCAACAUCAAGGUGCUCCUAAAUGCCACCGCCGCACACUUUGGGUUUAGCCCAACUUACAGGAGGGUCUGGUUGGCGAAGCAGAAGGCUGUUGCCCUCAUCUAUGGUGACUGGGAUGAGUUGUACAACGAGCUCCCAAGGUGGGUGUUAGGAGUCCAGUUGACGAUACCUGGUACUGUUGCAGUCCUAAAGACGAGCCCUGUUCGUGUCGGUGGACAGUUGGACGAGUCUCGAGCUUAUUUUCACAGACUAUUAUGGACGUUUCCACCGUGUAUCGAGGCAUUCUGUCAUUGCAAGCCCCUAGUUAGUAUUGAUGGCACCCAUCUGUAUGGUAAGUAUGGGGGAACGUUGCUUGUCGCGAUUGCACAGGACGGGAACUCCAAUAUACUCCCUGUUGCAUUCGCAUUAGUCGAGGGUGAGAAUGCUGAGUCGUGGUCCUUCUUUCUCUCCCACCUGCGUCAGCAUGUGACACCACAGCGGGUCUGCUGGUUAUCUCGGACAGGCAUAACGGCAUCAAGGCCGUGCUUGAGGCUCCUGACGGAGGCUGGUUACCUCCAUCUGCGUACCGGGCAUUCUGCAUUCGACAUGUUGCGGCAAAUUUUGCCCUCACCUUCAAAGGCAAAGACGCAAGGAGGCUACUUGUGA